AUAAUGAUGAACUUUCGAGAGGAGAAGAUAUUUCCUCACGAAUCCUCAAAGCAAUUCAACAAUCUAAGAUUUCUAUCGUAGUCUUCUCUAAAGGCUAUGCUUCCUCCAAAUGGUGUCUCGGUGAACUUGUCAAGAUUCUUGACUGCAAAAGAAAAACUGGUCAGAUUAUUCUCUCCGUAUUCUACGAUAAUAUCGAUCCAUCUCGUGUUCGAAAACAGAAAAAGGGUUUCGCUGAAGCUUUUGGUAGAUAUGAAGAGCGAUUCAAGGAUGAAAUAGAGAAGUUCAAUAAGUGGAAAGGAGUUCUUGUGGAGGCCGCAAAUCUAUCUGGCUGGGAUCUCCACCCCAUGGCAAAUGG